CAAUCAGUGAAAAGUCAGACAACUAUUAUAUUAGACACACAUUAGAUGUCAAACGCCUCUCACAAGUGGUAAACAAACAAACAAACAGUCGAUUCAUUGCAAACAACAACUGUUUGGUCACUGAUUUAUGACAAAAGACAACAACAAUAACAACAAGAAGAAUGCCAUUACAGACGACACCGAUCGCCAGUCCUACUGAAGAACAACAGGAGAAGAUGUUAGACGAGUCGUUAGGUAUCGUCAAAGUGCAGUCAUUUCAGAUGAAAUGCUGUCUCGACAAAGGUAAACUCAUGGAAGCGCUAAAACAUGCAUCAAAUAUGCUGUCAGAGUUGCGGACAUCUCUGUUAUCGCCGAAAUCAUAUUACGAACUCUAUAUGUCGGUCACUGACCAACUGAGACAUCUCGAGAUGUAUUUGUUGGACGAGUUUCAGAGGGGCCGCAAAAUGGCCGACUUGUAUGAAUUGGUGCAAUACGCCGGUAAUAUCAUUCCCCGACUGUAUCUGUUAGUUACCGUUGGCUUAGUAUACAUGAAGACAACUCCCGGAUGUCGUAAAGAUAUUCUCAAGGAUUUGGUUGAGAUGUGCAGAGGUGUUCAGCAUCCACUUCGUGGUCUAUUUUUGCGCAAUUAUUUACUACAAUCGUGUCGUAACGUUUUGCCCGAUGUUGUCGAAGAUGUGGUGCUAUCAUCGGGUGACGUAAAAGAGGACAGACCCGGUUGUGUUCAGGACUCUAUUGAUUUUAUUUUACUAAAUUUCGCUGAAAUGAACAAACUGUGGGUUCGUAUGCAACAUAUGGGACACACCCGUGAUAAGGAUAGGCGUGAAAAAGAGAGACUUGAAUUAAGAUUAUUGGUCGGCACUAAUCUGGUGAGAUUGUCACAGUUAGAAGCGGUUGAUUUAGAAAUUUAUAAAAAGAUUGUUUUGCCCGGAAUUCUUGAACAAGUGGUCUCUUGUAGAGACGCCAUCGCACAGGAAUAUCUAAUGGAGUGUCUGAUUCAAGUAUUUCCCGAUGAGUUUCAUUUGGCAACAUUACAGCCGUUUCUCAAUUCAUGCGCUCAAUUGACACAAAACGUAAACGUAAAAAACAUAAUCAUUGCACUCAUCGACAGACUUGCGAUGAGUAAAGACAUCGAACUUCCCAAUGAUUUGUUUGACAUAUUUGCUCAACAAAUAUCACAAAUCAUUCAAACGAGAAAUGAUAUAUCACUUGAAGAUAUUGUACUAAUGAAAGGAUCGUUAAUCAACUUUUCUCUUAAAAAGAUUUCCGACAGAGAGAAACGAGAAGAGAGUAUUAAUUGUGUAUUAAAUAAUGCAUUAAAAGUUAUUAAAGAUAAAAAUCAAACGAUAAUACCGUUGAGAAGCAAUUUGGGUAAAGAGUUAUUCAAAUUUUUUAAACUACCGUUUAAUUAUGGAUCUAAUAAUGGUAUCACCGGUUUAUCACCGAUUAAAAUGAGUCUUAAAUUAACGUCAUAUAAAGAUUUGCUAAAAGAAACAGCAGCUCAUGACUUGCACCGGGAGGUAACACUCAGUCUAAUAAACAGCGCAUUGGAAAACUUUACUGAGGAUGAAGUUCUAGAGACAGACAGAUUGACACUCGAAGAAAUCGACAUAUUUUUGUCACAAUUAUGUGAUCCAUUAAUUAAUGGCAAAAGUGCGGGACUCGAUGUCGAUGAAACCGAUGAAGACUUUAUUGACGAACAGAUCCUAUUGUCUAGAUUUUUGCAUUUUUUGUUUUUGCCGCAAUGCAUGCAAGACAGCAAUCAAUUAGACAAUUAUUAUCUGUUGUUGUCUUCGUCUCGUAAGACACUGUCUUCUGGUGGACCAAAACGAAUCCGUUACACAUAUCCGUCGCUUGUUUUCGAAGCACUCAAAUUAGCCAUCAAAUACUCUCAAGAAGCCGAAACAGAUGAAGAAAAAGAUCCCAAAUGGGAAAAGAAAUGCCAAAAAAUCUAUCAGUUUGUUAACCAAACAAUUGGUUCGCUAAUGAAAGAUAGCAAUUGUCCCGAACUUUGUUUAAAACUAUAUCUACUUUCGGGACAAAACGCAUCCAAAACACGGGUUGAAAAUAGAGAGACCAUUGCAUAUGAAUUCAUAAGUCAAGCCUUUAGUAUAUAUGAAGAAGAAAUCAAUGAUUCCAAGUCUCAGUUGUUUUGUCUUUUGCUAAUUACAAGUACUGUUAAGGAUAUAAAGUUUGAAAUUGAAGACAAUUGCAGUCCAUUGAAGAGCCAAUGUUGUCUAAAUGGCGCUAAAUUAGUGAAGAAAUCGGACCAAAUCAGAGCUAUAUUGGCAGCGAGUUUACUGUUUGUCAACUUUGAGACAAAUACUAUUGAAUCAGAUUUAAUGAAAUGCAUAAAAAAAUGUUAUAAAAUUGCAUCCAAUGUGUUGGACAAUGAGCUUCAAUUGCAAUUGUUUGUUGAGAUUUUGUCUCAUUUGACACUUUUAUUGCGGAUCGAAGAUAAAGACAUUGAAGAAUUAUGUCGACAGUUGGUCGAGAAGAUUGACGAACAGAGCAAAGAGACAGCACUUUCUGAACUCUUUCAUCGACAGUACUGUAAUAAUCUAUUGCUUCUUAAAAGUAAAAAUAUUAUUUCAUCUGAUGGUUAGCAAUAGAUUGAACGAAUUGAUUGUUUUUAUGAAAUUAUUAAAUAUUUUGGUGUUUUUUCGG